CAUUUUCCCCGGAUAAAACGAAAUAAAAAACAAAACUUCUAUGGGAAGUUUGCUUCAAUCGAUCGAUCGGGUAUAUAAACCUCAAAAUUCGAAAUAUUUCAGACACAAACACAUUGUUUACACACACAAAACCCUUUUCGAUCAAAAAUGUCAGGGGAGACGAAGUUCAGCGUGAUGUGCAGUCUUUUCAACUGGAUUCAGAAGUCCAAAUCUUCAACAAAAAAGCGAUCCAAGUUUCGAAAAUUCCUCGACACGUAUUGUAAACCCGUCGAUUACUUCGCCGCUGUGAGAUUAAUCCUUCCCAGUCUCGACAGAGAGCGAGGAUCUUACGGUUUGAAGGAGUCGGUGCUGGCUACUUGUAUCAUCGAUGCCCUCGGAAUGUCCAGAGAAUCUCCAGAUGCUCUUCGCCUCAUCAAUUGGCGUAAAGGCGGUGCCAAAACUGGUGUUAAUGCCGGCAAUUUCUCACUCGUCGCUUCUGAGGUUCUUCAAAGAAGGCAGGGAAUGAUUUCUGGAGGACUAACAAUUAAAGAGUUAAAUGAGUUGCUUGAUCGAUUAGCAUCAAGUGAAAAUAGAGCAGAAAAGAUUUCCAUUCUCUCUGAUCUGAUCAAGAAAACAAAUGCACAAGAAAUGAAGUGGAUUGUUAUGAUUAUCCUUAAAGAUCUCAAGUUGGGAAUCAGUGAGAAAAGCAUCUUUCAUGAAUUUCACCCUGAUGCUGAAGACUUGUUCAAUGUCACAUGUGACCUAAAAUUAGUUUGUGAAAGGUUGAGAGAUCGAAAUCAACGCCACAAACGUCAGGAUAUAGAGGUUGGAAAAGCUGUACGCCCUCAAUUGGCUUUAAGAGUUGCUAAUGCAGCUAGUGCAUGGAAAAAGCUUCAUGGAAAAGAAGUUGUGAUUGAGUGCAAAUUUGAUGGUGAUCGCAUCCAAAUCCAUAAAAAUGGAAAAGAUAUACACUUUUUUUCAAGGAAUUUUCUUGAUCAUCCUGAAUAUAUCCAUGGAAUGUCCGACAUUAUUAUCCAGAAUGUUCUUGUUGACAGGUGUAUACUUGAUGGAGAAAUGUUAGUUUGGGACACAUCAACUGAUCGUUUUGCUGAUUUUGGUUCAAAUCAAGAAAUAGCCAAAGCUGCAAGAGAGGGAUUCACUAGUGAACGACAGUUAUGCUAUGUUGCAUUUGAUAUUUUAUAUGAUGGGGACACAAGUGUUAUACAUCAAAGUUUAAAAGAACGCCAUCAACUUUUGAAAAAAGUUGUGAAGCCAAUCAAGGGUAGUUUGGAGAUUUUGGUUCCUGAUGGUGGUCUUAAUGCUCAUACAACUGGUGGGGAACCAUGUUGGUCACGUGUUGCUCAUACUGUUGAUGAUGUUGAGACGUUUUUUAAAAGAACCACUGAGAACAGAGAUGAAGGAAUUGUUUUGAAAGACCUUGGGUCCAAAUGGGAGCCUAGUGAUCGAAGUGGCAAGUGGAUGAAAUUAAAACCUGAAUAUGUUAGAGCUGGAUCUGAUUUGGAUGUUCUAAUUAUAGGUGGAUAUUAUGGGUCAGGUCGCCGUGGUGGACAGGUAGCUCAAUUUUUGAUGGGCCUAGCAGAACGCCCAGUGAAAGACACCUACCCUAGGCGGUUUGUUUCCUUCUGCAGAGUGGGUACUGGGCUAUCUGAUAAGGAGCUUGAUGAGGUUGUAAAUAAACUAAAGCCUUUUUUCAGGAAAAACGAAUACCCAAAGAAGGGUCCUCCUAGCUAUUAUAAGGUCACAAAUAACACAAAAGAAAGACCAGAUGUCUGGAUUGAUAGUCCUGAAAAGUCAAUCAUACUUUCCAUCACUAGUGACAUCCGUACAAUUCGUUCUGAGGUUUUUGCUGCUCCAUAUAGCUUGAGAUUUCCUCGUAUAGAUAAAGUGAGGGAUGAUAAACCUUGGCAUGAAUGCCUUGAUGUGGAAUCUUUUGUGGAAUUGGUGCAUUCUAGCAAUCAUACAACACAAUGGGGAGGAGGAAAUCAACCGAAAACAUCAAAAUCAAGAGUUGGAGAAAAGAAGAAGAAGAGUGGCUCUGUGGUUCCUUCUCAUCUCCUUCAAACUGAUGUUUCUCAAGUCAAAGGACAAACCUUAAUAUUCUCAAAUAUGAUGUUCUACUUUGCAAAUGUCCCUUCAACACAUUCCUUGGAUUCACUUCACAAAAUGGUUGCAGAAAAUGGUGGCACUUUUUCAAUGAAUUUGAAUAAUUCGGUUACUCACUGUAUCGCUGCAGAAACUAGAGGUAUUAAGUUUCAAGCUGCAAAACGUCAUGGUGAUGUUAUCCACUACUCAUGGCUUCUUGAUUGUUGUUCACUGAAGAAACUUGUCCCUUUACAGCCCAAGUAUUUCCUGGUCAUUUCUGAGUCUUCAAAGAAGAAGCUACAGGAAGAGAUUGAUGAAUUUUCAGACUCGUAUUUCAUGGAUAUUGACAUUAAAGAUCUGAAACAGCUUUUGAAUAAUAUAAAAAGAUCCAAAGAUUCUAAAGCCAUAGAUCAUUAUAAGAAGAAAUAUUGUCCUCUUGAUAAAUGGUCACGUUUCAAUGGGUGCUGUAUGUAUUUCUAUAUACCAGAAAACUCUCUGAGUUUGGAUUGGGAAGAUUUACUUAAACUAACAAUGAAAAGAAUGAAGCUUCAAGUUUCCUUUUGUGGUGCCAAAAUCAGCAAUUAUAUUUCAAAUGCUACUCAUUUAGUGGUGAUGUCUUUACCAGGAUUUAAAGUUGAGUUUGAUACUAUAGCAAGAAGUUUCUCAGCAUCAGAGAGGUGUCUUUUAAGGGAUGAAAGUGUGCAUAUGGUUGAUUGUGAAUGGCUAGAAGAGUGUUUUGAGAAAGAUGAAAUGCUUCAAGAGGAUGAAUAUAUUAUGAAGCCAAGUGGUUUAAUGGAAUCAACUUCAUCUGAUGAAAAUGAAAGGUUGUUGAGAUUGAAGAAAGAAGAUAAAGAGGAGAAGAAAAACACAGUUGGUGUAGAAGCAUCAGCUUCAGAUAAAGAAGACAGAAAAAGACAAGAAAAGGCGGCUGCAUCAGUCAACAAAAGAGGAAGACAAACAAAAACAAAAACAAGUAGUACUAGGAAAAAGACAGGUGUCAAGCCUCCAAGAACAAGGGUAAGAUCCGGAAACAAGGCGCGCAAAAUACACGAAUACAUAUCAGAAGAAGAAGAAGAAGAAGACAAGGUUUCGGCUUCUUUAAAUGAACAAGAGACUGAGCAAAAACAUGAAACGCAAGAUGCCAUUGUUGAAGAUUCAGAAGCUUUGGUAAAAGAUGUUAAUGUAAAUGAUGAUGAUGUUAUGGAUAAGAAACGUGAUAAAUUGGAAGUAAUGGUGGGCCCAGACCCUCUUGAAGCCAUGUUAUUAGACAUGAUUCCAAGCCUUGAACCAAAAACCAUAGAAAGUCCAAUCAUGGAUCCACCGAUACCCAAGAGAGAAAUCCAUCAUAAUCUGGAUUCUAAUCCUGGGCCUUCCAAGAAGAAGAAAGUUAGUUACAAGGAGUUGGCAAUGGAUUUGCUAAAAGACUAGAAACAAUAAACCAUCCUUGUGUGUUUUCCUGUUGCUAUUAUAUAUAUAUAUAUAUAUAUAUAUAUAU